UCAGAGAACCAUGGCUCGGACCAAGCAGACCGCCAGGAAGUCCACCGGAGGAAAAGCUCCCAGGAAGCAGCUGGCGACCAAAGCUGCCCGAAAGAGCGCUCCGGCCACCGGCGGAGUGAAGAAGCCUCACCGCUACCGGCCCGGUACCGUGGCUCUGAGGGAGAUCCGCCGCUACCAGAAAUCCACCGAGCUGCUGAUCCGCAAGCUGCCCUUCCAGCGCCUGGUCAGGGAGAUCGCUCAGGACUUCAAGACCGACCUGCGCUUCCAGAGCUCGGCCGUCAUGGCCCUGCAGGAGGCCAGCGAGGCUUACCUGGUCGGCCUGUUCGAGGACACCAACCUGUGCGCCAUCCACGCCAAGAGGGUCACCAUCAUGCCCAAAGACAUCCAGCUGGCCCGCCGCAUCCGCGGAGAGAGGGCUUAAAACUGAUCUGAGACCAGUUUACCCACCGCACAAAGGCUCUUUUCAGAGCCACAGACUCCCUGACAGAGCAAAGCUUCCGGUUCAGCCGACACGUUUAAAUAUUCACUCCUCAUUCCG